GCGACUGCAUGAACUUCAUUAUUUAUAGCGAUGGCUGAAGAUCUGGGAAAAGCCCUGGAACGUGCUGGUGGUACUGGUCACAAGAGCGAGGGAAUUUUAAUCAAUACAUUCCUUGCUUCUUUAGCCACUGCCGUCGUCAUUUUCGCCGUGCAAGUCUUACUCUUUUUGCUUCUCAAAUCGAAGCUCACCCGCAUCUAUCAACCAAGAACCUACCUGGUACCGGAUAGGGAGCGCACCGAACCAUCCCCCCCUGGACUCUUUCGAUGGAUCAUUCCUGUUUUCCGUACCUCUAGCGCCGAGUUCAUCCAGAAAUGUGGCCUGGAUGCAUACUUCUUUUUGCGGUACCUGCGCAUGCUUCUCAAGAUCUUUGUGCCCCUAGGAUGUAUCAUCUUACCAGUUCUGUUGCCGUUGAACAAAGUCGGCGGUAAAGACCAGAAUUUAAGGAACGGAACUGACUCUAGCAGCCAGUGGAAUGUCACUGGUCUGGACCAGCUGGCCUGGAGCAAUGUCACUCCGGAGAACACCAGCCGAUACUGGGGUCAUUUAAUCAUGGCCAUUAUCACCAUUUUCUAUGUAUGCGCCGUGUUUUACGAUGAAUUGAGAAACUAUAUCCGUCUGCGACAGGCCUACUUGACGUCUCCACAACAUCGUCUACGAGCGUCUGCGACGACAGUCCUGGUGACAGCGAUACCAGAACGAUGGCUCACUGUUGAAGCUCUCGAUUCACUCUUUGAUGUUUUCCCCGGUGGUGUUCGCAACAUCUGGAUCAACCGCAAUUUUGAUGACCUCAACGAAAAAGUGAAACUGCGAGAUGCAUUAGCAUUGACGCUGGAGGCUGCGCAGACAGAACUGAUUAUCAAAUGCAAGAAGGCCCAGUUGAAACAAGCAAAAGCCGAGGCGAAGAAGUCUGGAGUCAAAGCCAGUGCGACUGGGAAACUGGAGAAGGAAGCUACUGACAGAAAAGCUACGCUAAUGGCUAUGGAUGCUGGUAUCAGUUCUGGUGAUCCACACCAAGCACAUACACUUGCGCAGGUUUUACAUCAGGAUGGCUUGUCGAAGCAAAAAUCUGGGCCGGAGAAGCGUAAAAGGCUGAAUCCCUUUGAUCCCGCCCUGGAGGCCGCAGAGGUGGUUGGCCACGGUGUGGGCAAGCUUGGGAAGUCCGUUCUUGGGGGCUUCAAAAAGGUUGAGGAUGGAAUUGAUGGAAAAUUGACUCGGUCGGGCGGUUUUGUUCCAGAAGUCUCUGGUGGGGCCCGAGAAGCCGCUCGUCUGGAUAAAGCCAGUCCAGGGCUUCGCUCAAUGGAUUACCCUCGGUCGGAGACUGGUAGCAUGGGCGUAGCUGACUGUUCACAAGCGCGUACGGACGGUACUACUUCGAACAUUACGGGUGCCGCCGGCGGCUCAAAACCCAAAAGACCUUUCUGGAAGACUCAACGAUCGAAUAAUUCAAAGACGAGCAAAAAUAGCGAACCUGAUGAGCUUCCUUUAACGAGACGUGAAAGCAGCUCCAUGGAUGGGGACAGGAACGAGGCACCGAUUGAGAAAGAGAAGGGCAAGAGGGACAAACGAAGAGCCCGAACCGAGGGUGAACAAUUACAAGGCGAGGAAUAUCCGGUCGCGUAUAAUGAAGAAUUCGACAAUGAGGACUUUGGAGAGCCUCUUUGGAAGAAAUAUGUCAAACCAAAAGUUCGCGAUACCAUGCGACUGCCAAUCUUUGGUCUCAGCUGGAUGCCCUCGCUCCCGCUUAUCGGCAAGAAAGUAGACACCAUCGAUUACUGUCGGAAAGAAGUGGCACGUUUGAACUUGGAAAUCGAAGUGGAUCAGCAACACCCUGAGAAGUUCCCCUUGAUGAAUUCUGCCUUCAUCCAAUUCAACCACCAGGUGGCUGCGCACAUGGCUUGUCAGUCAGUCAGCCAUCAUGUUCCCAAACAAAUGGCACCUCGCAUAGUAGAAAUUUCUCCGGAUGACGUGAUUUGGGACAAUAUGUCAAUCCGCUGGUGGGAGCGCUACCUGCGAACCUUUGGUAUCCUGGCCAUUGUCAUUGGUAUGGUUAUUGGAUGGGCUUUCCCCGUGGCGUUUACAGGUUUACUGUCUCAGCUAUCUUACUUGGAAGAAGCGUUUACAUGGCUCAAAUGGAUUUCCAAACUACCGGAAUGGUUUGUCUCUGCUGUGCAGGGUAUUCUGCCUGCCCUAUUUCUAGCCAUUCUAAUGGCCAUACUGCCCUUGAUUCUCCGGUUCCUCUGUCGGACCCAGGGAGUUCACACUGGUAUGGCUGUCGAGCUCACAGUUCAGAAUUACUAUUUCGCCUUCCUAUUCGUUCAACUAUUUCUGGUCGUAGCGAUUUCGUCCAGUUUCUCCACCAUCAUCAACAAUGUCACGAAUGUCACAAGUUGGCCCGAGCUGCUUGCGGAGAACAUUCCUCUUUCCAGCAACUACUUCUUCUCGUAUAUGAUUCUUCAAGCCAUGUCGGUGAGUGCCGGUGCUUUGGUACAGGUCGUGAACUUAGCGAGCUGGUUUAUCCUUGGGCCUCUGCUCGACACGACGGCCAGAAGAAAAUGGGCACGGACUACGAACCUGAACCAGAUGCAAUGGGGAACUUUCUUUCCGGUCUAUACCACCCUAGCGUCGAUAGGAUUAAUUUACUGUGUUAUUUCCCCUCUCAUUUUGGUGUUCAAUGUGAUCACGUUCGGCUUGUUUUGGUUUGUCUACCGAUACAACACUCUAUACGUCACCAAAUUUCGCUUUGACACUGGUGGGCUGCUCUUCCCCAAGGCGAUCAACCAGUUGUUCACGGGCGUCUACUUUAUGGAAGUCAGCUUAAUCGGUUUAUUUUUUUUGGUCCGUGACGUGCAGGGCACAGUUGCCUGCAAGGGCCAGGCGAUUUGCAUGAUUGUUGUUCUUGUCCUCACUGUCGGAUACCAAAUUCUGCUAAAUGAUGCUUUUGGCCCCCUGAUCCGUUACCUCCCGAUUACUCUGGAGGACGACGCGGUCCGUCGGGAUGAAGAGUUUGAGCGUGCUCAACGUGCCCGACUAGGCCUGCUCCAAGAUGAUGAGUUGAACUCUGAUGAACAUGAACUUCCUGAUCAGGACGAACAACGGGAUCGCCCCACGGAUCGGGCUGCUCAAGAUAUUGAGCUAAAAGAUAUCGAGGCGAGCAUGGAGCGACGCACCGAACCCCAGGCAAGGAGGCCUAGUCUCGGGCCUAAGCGUCAGUCUUGGGCUGACAGGUCUUCAAGAGGGCGGUCGAAGUAUUUUGGGGCCAAUUCUGACAGCUCGGUUCCCACGGUGCAGCGUAUCCAUGAGCAAAUCGUGGAGGAUUCCGAAGCGCAAGGCCCUCCCACAAACCAGGUGGGCCCAUCACUGUUUGCCGGUAUCCAUGAUGAGCUGGAAGAUCUCACGCCCGAAGAACGUGACCAGCUAGUUCAGCGAGCCUUUCAACACGACGCUCUGCGAGCGAAACGUCCUGUGAUCUGGAUUCCUCGGGAUGAUCUCGGUGUCAGCGAUGAUGAAGUGUAUCGGACUCAGCGGUUCAGCAAGCACAUAUGGAUUAGUAACGAAUACCAAGCGCUGGAUGGCAAGUGUCGCACCAUCUUCAGUCGCAGUCCGCCGGACUUUUCGGAAGUGGAUCUCAUCCAGUUAUGA